AUGGUAGCAAAUCGAGGAGAAAUUUCAAUUCGAGUUUUCCGUGCCCUCAAUGAGUUGAACAUGACGUCGGUAGCCAUCUACAGCGAGCAGGACAAACACUCGCUUCAUCGACUAAAAGCCGAUGAGGCCUACAUGAUCGGUAAAGGACUUCCACCCGUAGCUGCCUAUCUUGCCAUCGAUCAGAUUAUUGACACCGCUCUCAAACACGAUGUUGAUGCCAUCCAUCCCGGUUACGGUUUCCUUUCCGAGCGUUCGGACUUUGCCAAGGCUUGCUUCGACGCCGGCAUCACCUUCAUUGGUCCCACUGCCGAAGUCAUGGCGCGAAUGGGUGACAAGGUUGCUGCCAGACAAGCUGCCAUCGAAGCUGGAGUCCAAGUUGUGCCCGGAACACCUGGUCCCAUCACAAAAGCAGAAGAUGCUAUGGCAUUUGCCAAGCAAUAUGGAACCCCAAUCAUUCUCAAAGCUGCCUAUGGAGGUGGUGGACGUGGAAUGCGACGUGUAGACAACAUCGAUACUCUGAAAGACAACUUCCAACGAGCGUUCUCCGAAGCACAAGCUGCAUUCGGUGAUGGUUCAUUGUUUGUGGAGAAGUUUAUCGAAAGACCACGACAUAUCGAAGUACAGCUGCUAGGAGACAAUCAUGGUAACCUCAUCCAUCUCUGUGAACGUGACUGCUCAGUGCAACGACGUCAUCAGAAGGUUAUUGAAAUCGCUCCUGCACCAGCUCUAGACCCGAAAAUCCGAAAUAAGAUUCUUGAUGACGCAGUACGACUAGCAAAACAUGUAGGGUAUAAUAAUGCAGGUACCUGCGAAUUCCUGGUAGAUAAGAAAGGGAACUACUACUUUAUCGAAGUGAAUGCACGUCUACAAGUAGAACACACGGUUUCCGAAGAAAUCACAGGUGUUGACUUGGUGCAAGCUCAAUUGCGUAUUGCUGAGGGUAAAACGCUAGGAGAUCUGAAGCUGACUCAGGACGCUAUUAAGCCACAUGGUGCAGCUAUACAGUGUCGAGUAACUACAGAAGAUCCUGCGCGAGGCUUCCAACCCGACUCUGGAAGAAUCGAGGUAUUCCGAUCUGGUGAAGGUAUGGGUAUCCGUCUCGAUUCAGCAUCAGCAUAUGCCGGUUCCGUGAUCUCGCCAUUCUAUGAUUCUCUGCUUGUUAAGGUUAUCGCCUCGGCCCGAAACCAUCCCAAUGCUUGUGCGAAGAUGAUUCGAGCUCUGAAAGAGUUCCGAAUUCGUGGAGUCAAGGUAGAAACCAAUAUUCCCUUCCUGCUCAACGUGCUCACUCAAAAACAAUUCCACGAUGCUGCUGUCGAUACCUACUUCAUUGAUGAACAUCCAGAAUUGUUCGAGUUCAGACCAAGUCAAAACCGU